AUGAGAUGCGCGGAGUGUAAGGUUGAGCUGCAGGCUUUGGGCUUGGAGUGGGCCAGAGGACAGUACCCGACCGUGAUUGGAGACGUCACCGUCGAGUGGCGGUUCGAGAGCGGAAUGCUGAGGAUGAAGGUAGAAAGUCCUGCUGGAAGCAAGGGAAAGGUACACCUGCCGGACCCAUUGGUUUCAAGCCUUGAUCAGUCCGUCAUCCGGGUGAAUGGAAUCGUCAAGAACGGGGCUCAGUCCGAGGCGAAUAGAGGGGAUGCGUUUGUCUUGACGCAGGAACCUCCGGGCGCAGGAAUUCUGGCUUGA